UCCAGGUUUCAUCAUUGCACCCGACACCUUCUUGAAGUUAAUGAUCGAGGAAACUUGGAAGUGUGCCAGGUGACCAUGCAACGGGUGGAGAAAGUGGCCAGUCUGCCGGCUAAAUUUGCACGUUCCUGCCGCUGGUGGUGGCGCCCUAGUGGGUCAUGAGAGGAGGAAGAGAUGCAUAUGAUUUCUAGUCCAUCACGGCGAAGCGGAGUGCUUAUAUGAGCGUCCCGUUAGAUUCAAGGCAAGCGAUAUCCUGACCAGCUAUCCUCCCUAGCUGCAGGCUGUCCCUCACCAACUCGAACCUAGUGCCGCGAUCUGCAGAGGAUCAACCGUACGCCCUCGCCACCGCCACACCUCGGUUCCCCAUGAGCCGCAAGCCGUCGCUCCCGCCUGGGGUGCCCUUCCUCUUCAAGCUUCUGCUUGUCGUUUCCGCGCCGCCGUUUGCGGUGUACGCCCUCGCGCGUGUAGCUACUUCCCAAGACGUUGUCCUGCCCACCUGGGCCUGGAUUUUGGCUGAGAUCCUCAGUGGCCCUCUCGCGCUCACCGCACGCGUAUGGUGGAAGUACAGCUCCUUCCGGCGUGGGGCCGAGCGCCUGGGAGCGGUGAUGCCCCCAGAGAUGGUUGGCCACUGGAUCGGGAACUUAGAUCUAUUGACCCGUAUCUUGGACGCCUUCGAGAACGGCUAUCCUUCUGAUAUGUUCGAUGUUGGCUUCGGAGAGUGCGGGCCUAUUCUACGGUUUAGCCUGUUCUGGGACAUGCAGUACUCGACCAAGGACCCCAACAUUGUGAAGACUGUCCUAGCCACGGACUUCAACAACUAUGAGAAAGGCGAAAUGUUCCACGACUUCACAGACUCGUUGUUCGGCACUGGGGUGUUCAAUGCUGAUGGCGACAUGUGGAAGUUCCAUCGCUCCAUGUCCCGACCGUUCUUCAGCCGGGAGCGGAUCAGUGAUUUCGACUUGUUCGACCGUCACGCUGACGUUGCCCUCGGCAAGAUCAGGGAGCGCGUCCAAGCAAACAUAGCCUUCGACUUCCAGGAGCUGAUCGCGCGGUUCACCCUCGACUCUGCUACCGAAUUCCUCUUUGGUAAUUGCGUACACAGCCUGCACUCUCCCAUGCCGUACCCUAAAGGCAUGUCCCCCUACAACAUCGUCGACGAGCCCAAGUCCAUCAAGGAGAAGUUCCCGCAUGCAUUUGCGAUGGCGCAACGCAUCGUAUCUGAACGUCCCCGUGUUGGUUGGCUUUGGCCGCUGAAGGAACUCUUCAAGUCGAGGACUGAUGAGCACAUGGCUAUCGUCGACGCCUUCCUUGAGCCGCUCCUUCAGGAGGCCAUUCGCAAGAAGGAAGAGCGCGAGAAGGCCGGGGCCAGUCUCGAUGAUAAAGAGAGUCAAGACGAUGAGACGCUCCUCGAUAACUUGGUGAAGCAGACGUCUGACUACAAGAUCCUACACGAUGAGACUCUCAACAUCCUGCUCGCAGGCCGUGAUACGACCGCCGCCGCCCUUACAUUUGGCGUCUACUUGUUGUGUCAGCACCCACACGUUCUCAAGCGUCUUCGCGAAGAGAUUGUUGAGCAUGUUGGUUACCAACGACGCCCCACCUACGACGAUGUUCGCAACAUGAAGUACCUCCGUGCCUUCUUGAACGAGACGCUCCGGCUCUACCCUUCUGUGCCGUUCGAUAUCAGGUUCUCUAUCAAAGAAGGCACCUUGCCGAACCCCGACCCCACGGGCAAGCCCAUCUACAUCCCUCCUAAGACCGCCAUCUCGUAUUCUAUCUUCAACAUGCACCGUGACCCAGUCUACUGGGGUCCAACUGCGCAAGAAUUUGAUCCUGACCGUUUCCUCGAUGAGCGUGUUGGAAAGUACCUAGUGCCAAACCCCUUCAUCUUCCUUCCGUUCAAUGCCGGACCUCGAAUCUGUUUGGGGCAACAGUUCGCCUACAACGAGAUGUCGUUCUUUAUGAUUCGCCUGCUCCAGAACUUCUCGUCCAUGGAACUCGACCUUACCGCCCAGCCUCAGGACUCGCGCCCGCCUCCGGAGUGGGCGACGGAAGGUGAGGGCCGCAAGGCCAAAGAGCAGAUCGCCCCCAAGUCCCACUUCACCCUCUACGCUAACGGUGGGUGUUGGGUCAAGAUGGGCGUGGCUGAAGCGUGAAUAUAGCAUCGGGCAGUACAAGGAACGCGAUGUUUGUGAAGUUAUCUGUAAGCGUAAACGAAGAAUCAAAGAAUGCUGUAACCACAUGUCUACCCUUCGCCUUAUUGUUUUAAUAUAUCCUCUCGACCUUG